AUGCCACUGGCUAGAUCCACACGUGCCUGGCGGCGCGGUAUUCGCGCCUUUGUACUCACGGACCAGGACGAGCAGGAGCCCCUGGAGCGGCUGGCUUCGGAGGGUGCCGAACACAACGAGUCGUACGCGUUUUUUCCUGACGAUGGUGAUGCACGGCUAGGCGGCUUGGCGCACGGCACCAAGCAGGGCGACGCGCGGGCUGCAUUGGCGCCGUUUGCUGCGCACAGGCACUUUGGCGAGUCGUACAAGUGGAUGCUGUACGGCGAUGACGACACCAUGUUUUUCAUGGAGCCCGUCAAGCGCAUGUUGUCCGCCUUCGACCCCGAGCUCCCUCUGGCGCUGUCCGACAACCUGUGGUACCUGGGUUUGCAACCCAACCCGCACUCCCCCCGCUGCCUACCUUGCCACACGGCCAAUGAAAGCCUGCCGACCCUGGAGCAGCUGGUUAAGACCCCGCAUGUCCGGGAGCACAUUAUCAAGAACCUGAUCAUGGCGCGGUCCGCCAGCAGCGGCAACGUGACUGAGGAAGAUAUAGAGGCCAUGGUGGCCAAGGCCUCUAACGUACCCGGGCGCCUGUUCGUGCCCACCCCUGGCUGCCCGUACUGUACUCCAGAAAAGGCUUGCAACCGGGACGCAAAUCCCAACGUGCCAUGCGUCCCAUCCGUGGCGCAUGGAGGCGCUGGCAUGAUUUUCUCCGUGGGCCUUAUGCGGUCCAUCGCCUACCGGGACGCAUUGGCCUGCCUGCGUGGCUUCAAGAAAGCCACAGGCGGCGAUGCUAUGGUGUCAGUGUGUUUGUGGCACGCUGGCGUCGGCUUUACGGACCCGGGGCCGCUCGUACGGCACAUGUACGACCCGCACUAUGUCGUAUUUAGCGCCAAGGCGGGCCAAGGCUACUUGUGGGACCCCAUAGGUAUGAUUUCCCACGGGCGGUGCAAUUCCAAGUGCCGGUGGAUGCUCCGCAAUACGCUGACCCUGCACGUGAAGGGGCGCCACUUCCGGUCCUGGAGGGUGGGUUGCGGAGUGUGGGUCCGUGUGGGCAUGUGUGUGUCGGGGGGGGCAUCCCCGGGAGAGGGCUGCGGUGCGGUGGGGGGUAAGGUCGGUGCGGUGCUCAUGUGGGGAGUGGCGCACGGCUCCGAAGCCGCACUGUCCUUCCUGGACUUGACCUCACGCGACGGCGGCGUGCACUGGAAGCAGCUGCCAUAUGGGUACGACAUUGAUGACGCGGAGGGCUUUGCUCCGUACAUGACUCUGGCCGCGCCGCCCGCACCGGCGAGGGCGGCUGCGACGGCUGCGGGUACUGGAGGAGGCGAGUAG